ACUCUGGCUAUGGAGGAGUCUCCGGUCAGGGAACCGGUGCUGGACGCCAAAUCAGAGGUCACCUGCCAGCUUAUAGAUUUUCAGUGGAAACUGGGCAUGGCUGUGAGCUCUGACAGCUGCAGAUCCCUCAAGUAUCCGUAUGUGGCAGUGAUGCUGAAAGUAGCCGAUCAUUCUGGCCAAGUGAAGAGCAAGUCCAUCGAAAUGACAAUCCCACAGUUUCAGAAUUUCUACAGACAGUUCAAGGAAAUUGCUGCUGUAAUGGAAACUGUGUGAGAACUGACUUAUGAUUCUAAAGUAAUGGACUCUACUUUCCAAAAAAGAACUGCAUAUGGAUCAAAGGAUAUUUAUACAACGAAAAUUGCACUCCUGGGACUGGAGAGAUGGCUCAGAGGUUAAGAGAAAUGGUUGCUCUUCCAGAGGAUCCAGGUUUAAUUCCUGGUACCCACAUGGCAGCUCACAACUGUCCAUAACUCCAGUACCAGGGGAUCCUACACCCUCCCACAGACAUCUAUGCAGGUAUAAUUUUUAUACCAAUGGUAUAAAAUAAAAAAUU